CACAAAGUGCUGUGCAAGCAGCGCACCUUGUCCCUCGCGCAGCCUGACAGAAUUCCUGGAAGGGCAACUAUGCUGUCUUAUCGGAUCGGCGAGAAGCAUAAAGUGGGCAGUACCGUGUAUUAAGACCAGAAAGACCCUCCGCUGGAUUCAGAAAUGAUGCGAUUUCUGCUGCUGUUCAGUCGGCAGGGGAAGCUGAGGCUGCAGAAGUGGUUCCUGCCGCUCACGGACCGCGAGAAGAAGAAGAUCAUCCGCGACAUGAUCCUGAUGGUGAUCCCCCGGAUCCCCCGCUCCUGCAACUUCCUGCACUGGAGAGACCUGAAGAUCGUUUACAAGAGGUACGCCAGCCUGUAUUUCUGCUGUGGAAUGGAGGAAGGGGAUAACGAGCUCUUGGGUCUGGAGGUGCUGCACCGCUACGUCGAGCUGCUGGACAAGUACUUUGGGAAUGUGUGUGAGCUGGAUAUAAUAUUUAAUUUUGAGAAGGCCUACUUCAUCCUGGAUGAGUUCCUCAUGGGCGGGGAGGUGCAGGAGACCUCCAAACUGACCGUGGCCCAGUCUAUGGAGGAAUCUGACCUACUGCAGGAGACGAUGGAGGAGUACGUGAACAAGCCCACCUUCUGAAUGGGGAAACGGACGAGCCCUCCACACACUGGAGCUGUACGGCGGCAAACCAGAAGGAUUCUGGGUAACUGAAACGCUUUUGAGCCACUGGACUUGUAUUUGUGUAUUUUAUUUUACACACUUUAAACAUCCAAAAACAUAAAGAAACUGCUUGUUUUUAAGUAUUUAGUAAAUGCAUAUUUUUAUUAACAUGAACUAUAUUUGAGUUACAGUUAGGGUUAGAAAAAAAGCUGUUUCUAUAAUAAUUUGAAAUGCAUCUUGGGAAUAUCACCACUGGGAUAAAAUAAUGACUUGAAAUAACGAGUUCCUCCAGAUGAGGCAUUUCAGCCAGGUGGUCAGUAAUACGUUUUUUAACUAGUAUAAGUAAUAAGUCAUAUGUAACACGAUGUUUGAUAUCCAGGAGCUUUUCCAGAUGAGUGACAGCUGUGUGUGACCAGGCCUGGUACAGCAGUCAUGAAUAAAGCUCUCUGCUGUUCACAUAUGAUGGGUUAUUAGACACAAUGUUCUCAGUGUAAUUAUAAUUAUGGUUCUUCACUGUUAAUCUUCACCAAUCACAGUAAUUUCAGCAGAUAUGUGUGCUUGAUCGCCCCCCCCCCCUCCCUCUGAAUCCCCUUCUUUCAUAGAAAACAUUGUUGGUGUUUUAAAUCAUUAUUUUACCCCGAUAUAAAAUUUUUCAUGCUUUUAUGAGUCCCGUAGCUGCAGUCCAGCCCCAAUAUUGGAGAGCUCUCCUUGCCAGGGAAAAUGAAGGCCUAUUUUCAAGUUUUGUCAUGUUUCUAUUGUAAUACAUUUAAAAUAAAUAUUUUUAUAUAAA